CCAAGUUUUUUUAAAAAGAAAGAAAAAUAAAAAGAAAAAUAAAAUGUUGACCACUGAAAGUUAUAGAGUUCUCGAGGAAAAAAAAUUGUAAAAAUGACCCGGUUUAUCUCGGUUUACUCCUGUGAAAUUACCUUUUUCUGGAAAGGAAUCAGGCAAAUUAGUUAUUUGCCUUCUUUUUAUUUUUGUUAAAGGAAACUAUUUCCAUCUCAAAGAAGGAAUGGUUGACUAAACUGAUUCUUAGGGCUUAUAAAUACGACGGCAUAGGGUUCACAACUUCAUCACCUAACAAUUCAAUCGCUCUCUCAUUUCUUAAACUUUUUUCUCAUCAAAUUCGCUUUCACAGAGAAAAGAAACAAACUAUGUCGACGACGAAGAAGAUGAUCACGUUGAAGAGCUCCGAUGGUCAGUUGUUCGAGGUUGAAGCAGAGAUCGCGAUCCAAUCGCAGACCAUAGCGCAUAUAGUUGAAGACAAUUGCGCCAGUACCGAGAUCCCUCUUGCUAACGUGACGAGCAAGACUCUUGCCCUAGUGGUGGAGUACUGCAAGAAGCACCACGUCGAUGCUGCUAACCCUAUCCCCGAGGAGGAACUCAAGACCUGGGAUAAGGAGUUCAUGGAAAAAGAUCAACCCACGAUCUUUGAUCUCAUGCUUGCUGCGAACUACCUAAACAUCGCAAGCUUGCUUAGCCUGACUUGCCAAACUGUUGCUGAUAUGAUGAAGGGCAAAACUCCAGACCAGAUUCGUACACACUUCAACAUUCACAAUGAUUAUACACCUGAGGAAGAAGAAGAGGUUCGUAGGGAGAAUCAAUGGGCUUUUGAAUGAGCGGAUCAUCGAAUCAAAAAACAUUAAGCAGCUUUCAUUGCUUUUCUUUAAGUGUGUGGUUUUCUUUUUCGAUUUCUUGAUCAAUGUAGAUGAUAAUGAUGAUGAUGAUCUUCGUCUACAUUUGAUUUUAUGAUUUUUGUUGCUUUUUUUUUAAGUCAUGGAGAUAAUAAAACCAAUGUUUUCUUUUGGUAUUCCCCAACGAUUUUCCCAUUUUCA